AUGGCAGCUAGAUUCACGUUUCGUCGGAGUUCUCAGAUCCUCCGAUCUAUCCAAAGACACCCUCAAAUCUCAUCACCAUCAUCAUCCUUCGAAUCUCCGUCACCGAUUCUUUAUUCGUUGACCACCGCCUCACCAGAUCUAUCCCGAUUAUCGUCCUUCACUUUCCUCCGAUCUCUCUCAAUCGCCCGUCGUGGUCCAACGCGUCCCAAGAAGGUCGACAUAGGAGCUCGGGCUCGUCAGAUGCAGAAUCGUCGUCUAUGGACAUACGCACUAACAUUCAGCUGUAUCGCUGGUUUCGUUGUCAUCGUUCUAAAUCAGUUUCAGGAUCAGCUUGUCUUUUACUUAACUCCAUCGGACGCUAUGGAGAAAUUCGCAGAGAAUCCAACGAAGAACAAGUUUAGGCUCGGUGGUUUGGUUCUAGAAGGUAGCGUUGCUCAACCUGCGGCGUCUCAGGAGAUGGAAUUCGUNAUUACCGAUUUGAUUACUGAUAUUUUGGUUAGGUAUAAAGGAUCUUUGCCUGAUCUGUUCAGGGAAGGUCAUUCUGUUGUUGUUGAAGGAUUCAUCAAACCUUUUACUGAUGAAGUAAUGAAAGAGGUUUCGACGAAACCUGUAUCGCAGAAAGCGAGGAAUCUCGAUUGUUUCUUCUCGGCGACGGAGGUUUUAGCUAAGCAUGAUGAGAAGUAUAUGCCACAGGAAGUUGCGGCGGCGAUUGAGAAGAAUAAGAAGAUCAUUGAAGCGAAUGAACAAGCGGCUAAAUUGGCUUCUUAG